UUCUUACCAAGCAAAUGAAAUAUGGCAAUUGAAAGCUAUUUUAGGUUAAGUUUCCUACUGAUAACUAUUUGUAGUACUGUAGCUACUACACCCAAUUACGACGCUGCUUUUCUUAAUCGCAGCAGUUUCCCAGCAGGUUUCCUUUUUGGCACAGCAUCAUCAGCUUACCAGUAUGAAGGUGCAGCAAAUGAAGGUGGCAGAGAACCAAGCAUAUGGGAUACUUACACUCACAGAUAUCCAGAGAGGAUAAAGGACGGUAGCAAUGGAGAUGUGGCCAUCGAUUCAUAUCAUCGAUAUAAGGAAGAUGUGGGGAUUAUGAAAGAGAUGGGCUUAGAUGCUUACAGAUUUUCAAUCUCAUGGCCUAGAAUAUUACCAAAAGGGAAGCUAAAGGGAGGCGUGAAUAGAGAAGGAAUCAAAUACUAUAACAAUCUUAUCGAUGAGCUUCUAGCCAAAGGUAUUCAACCCUUCAUAACUCUCUUCCAUUGGGAUCUUCCCCAAGCCUUGCAAGACGAGUAUGGUGGAUUUCUUAGUUCUAAGAUUGUGGAUGAUUUUCAAGACUAUGCGGAAGUAUGCUUUAAAAAUUUUGGAGAUCGAGUGAAGCAUUGGAUCACUCUAAACGAACCAUGGGGCUUUAGCAAUAAUGGCUAUGCCACAGGCAUUUUUGCACCAGGUCGAUGUUCAAGCUGGCAACAAUUGAAUUGUACUGGUGGAGAUUCAGCUACAGAGCCAUAUAUUGUGGGGCACAACUUGCUUCUUGCUCAUGCUGCUGCAGUGAAAACGUACAAGAACAAGUAUCAGGCAACUCAGAAGGGAAAGAUAGGAAUUACACUAGUGACACACUGGUUUGUGCCCUUCUCAAAUGAUAAGCAUGAUCAACAUGCUGCAAAACGAGCCCUGGAUUUCAUGUUUGGAUGGUUCAUGGACCCAUUGAUAUUCGGUGACUAUCCAAACACGCUAAGAUCUCUGGUUGGGGAUCGAUUACCCAAAUUUUCAGAGGAGCAAUCAAAAAUGGUGAAAGGGUCAAUUGAUUUUCUUGGAUUGAAUUAUUAUACUGCUAAAUAUGCAGCCUAUCUCCCUUACUCUAAUGCUAUUCAAGCUAGCUAUUUGACUGAUGCUCAUGCUAAUCUUUCCGCCGACCGUCAUGGAAUUCCUAUUGGUCCUCAGGCUGCUUCUGAUUGGCUCAAUGUUUAUCCAAGAGGAAUUCGAGAUCUUUUGCUCUACACAAAAAAGAAGUACAAGAAUCCCCUUAUUUACAUCACUGAAAAUGGUGUUGAUGAGUAUAACAAUGGCACGCUAACGCUGGAGGAAGCACUUAUGGACAACAUGAGGAUUGAUUUCUACUUUCGCCAUCUUUCUUUCCUUAAAAAGGCAAUCAAGGAAGGUGCAAAUGUGAAGGGAUACUUUGCAUGGUCAUUAUUGGAUAAUUUUGAAUGGGAAAUGGGUUACAGUGUGCGCUUUGGAAUUCAUUAUGUGGAUUACAAAAAUGGAUUGAAAAGAUAUCCCAAACAUUCAGCUCUAUGGUUCAAGAACUUCCUCAAGAAAUAGAUAUACAUAUAGGAAUUAUGCUGUUGUUGAAGGAAUAAAUAACAUAGAGAUUAUGCUUACUUGAGAAAUAAAAAUUAUAUUUAUCAAGAAAUUUCUCUGUAAAUUAAUGUUCUUCAACUAAAUAAUGCUGGAAGUUAUAUAGGUGCUUCCAUUCUUAAUUUGUCCCAAUUAUCCUGCUAUUAAAUAUAUAAAUAAAAUAUAUAUCUACAUUUAUUAA